AUGGCAACUCACCGAAAUUCUUGCAGCUAUAUAUAUGAUACAGCGAACGAGGUGAAGAAUAGGUUCUGUGCGCUGCACCCAGAUGAACGCUCGUCUGAGUCUCUCGACCCAAAGAUAGCUGAACGUUUGGUCAAGAUGCUAGAUGACCACAACCCAUUGGCUAGACAGUUUAGGCUGGCAAGAGAUAGAUUGGCAGAAAAUGGUGAUGAAGAGUUCAUAUACCCCCUGCUCUUUCCUUAUAGUGAGCGUGGUUUCCAGGUCGGUGUGCCUUAUAGUGGGGUAGAUACAUCGGGCGAGAACAAGCGUGCCAAAGUAACGAUGCAAGAUUACUACCGCCAUUGUUUCCACUAUAGAAAAGGCCAGUCGAAUCCGUUCUUGUGCUAUGGUGCCUUGUCCACUCAGGCCAAGGUUGAUGCACGUGCAUGUAUCGAUGAAAAUAGACUCUGGUAUGUGCUCAGGAAUCAGGGAAAGCUGCGUGUAGAGACUCUUCAGGGCAUAGUCGAUGCGGUUGAUAAAGGAUGUGUAGAUGGAGGCGAGAUUGGAAAAAAAAAACUGUGCUGCCGGCCUCCCAUACUGGUGGCCGGCGUUCAUGGCCCGCCUGAUUUCUUUGUGACAUUCACCUGUAAUCCAAAGUGGCCAGAGAUUGCUGCGGCGCUGUCAUUUGAACCUGGCCAGAAAUCAACUGAUAGAGCAGAUAUAGUGGUUAGGGUCUACAAUAUGAAGCUUGAGGAGCUUCUAGGUGAUAUACGAGAUGGCACCGCCUUUGGGCCUGUCAGUGCUGUGCUGCACACUGUGGAUUUCCAGAAGCGUGGCCUCCCACAUGCUCUUAUAAUUGUUUGGCUCAAACAAGAUACCUCACACCCAACGCCUGCAUUCAUAGAUAAAUUCAUAAGUGCUGAGGUUCCUGACCCACAUACAGACCCUCUUGGAUAUGUACUGGUGGCUGAGCAUUUGGUGCAUGGUCCCUGUGGCGCAAGCCACCCCACCUGUCCAUGUAUGAAAAAAGAUAAAUGUUCAAAAUGGUUUCCAAAAAAAUACCAAACUGAAACGGUAAUUGAUGAUAAUGGCUUCGCUCUGUAUAGGAGAUCUGACAAUAGGAGAUAUGUUGAAAAAGGUGGCAAAAGGCUAGAUAGCAGUUCCAUUGUUCCAUACAAUAUGACCUUGCUUAAAAAGUACCAGGCCCAUAUCAAUGUAGAGUGGUGUAACAAGGGCAUUUUCAUUAAAUACCUAUUCAAAUAUGUUACUAAAGGUCCUGACCGUGGCAAGUUUGUGGCCAACCAACAAAGCGAUGCUGGUAGAGACCUCACAUAUUGUGAGUUCCCUUCGCGUUGGAAAUGGGAUAGCUCUUCUAGAUUCUGGGAUCAAAGGCGACGAGGUUCUGGUAAGAUAGGGAGGUUAUACUAUGUACACCCUUCAGUUGGUGAGAGAUAUUUCCUUAGAAUGUUGCUCCUCGUGGUCAAAGGCGCUAGAAGUUUCGAAGAGGUUAGAACAUACAAUGGCGUUGUCUACUCUACGUUUAGAUUGGCGUGUAAUGCUCGUGGCCUACUUGGUGAUGAUCAGGAAUGGUAUAGUGCCUUUGACGAGGCCGCUGCUUGGGCAACAUCACCACAGCUUAGAAAACUGUUUGUUACUAUGCUGUUGUUUUGUGAGGUCAAGGAUGAACGUGCCUUCUUUGAAAAAGUUUGGAAAGUCCUAGCUGACGAUAUACAGUACCGUCUUAGAGACAAUAUGGGUAAUCCUGAAUUCCAUGUGUGUGAUGAGGACCUUAGAAACUACCUGCUUGAUGAUAUUCAUGCUCUUUUCCAGAGAAACGGGGCUAAAAUGCGGGAACAUGCUUUGCCUGAGAAAAUUAAAAAUUUUGAAGAUAUUCCUGGUAAUAGACUCAUCGAAGAGGCCCUGUCAUAUGAUAGUCAUCAGGCAAUGCGUGACGCUGAAAAUUUGAUUUUGUCACGUACUACAAAUAUGAGGCUCAAUAGACAAGACCUGGACAGCGAGUUGCAGAAAGAGAUUGCUGAGUUUAGCAAAUGGGUGCUAGAUAUUGGUGAGGGCAAGAUUGAGAGUUUAGGCACCAGUAGUGAGACCCAGGGAACACGAAUUAAAAUUCCGCGUGAGCUGCUGCUCAUGCCACAAGAAGAUAAGGCCGCCUUUAUGGUUAGUUCCAUCUACCCAGAUCUAGGUGCCAAGUAUGCUGAUGCAUACUACCUCCAGGCGCGGGCCAUCUUGACCCCAACAAACGAAGCUGCAGAUACUAUUAACUCAUACGUGGUGUCCCUGAUACCUGGGGAAGAGAAGGAGUACCUAAGCUGUGAUAGAAUUGCUAAAUCCCCAGAUACCCAUGACUCUUUUAAUCUGUUGUAUCCUACUGAAUUUCUAAAUUCAAUAAAUGGAAACAAUUUCCCACAGCACGCCUCUGUAAAAAAAAAAAAAAAGCUUCGACCGAUGGCUUUUUCGAUGCUGCCCGCCUUGCGCCCUAAUGACUGGCGUGCGGUCAUCUGUGUCCGUGUUUGCCGCAAGUGGGAGUAUCGCGGUGGGACCGAUGACGGUCCGGUACAGCACGUGGACCUUGUGCUUCUUGAUGAACAGGGCAACAGUCUCUAUGGUGAAAUCCCUGGACCUGAGGUUCAUGCAAAGAGCCCGCUCAUAGAUGAGGGGGGCAUCUAUGUGAUUGAUCGAUUUAGGGUCUCCAAUGCCAAGGUAUUAGCACUGUUCUAUUUCUUCUGUGGCAGCUACUACCUAAGUGGCAAUACAUCAUGCCGUUGGUAUUUCAAUCCAACGAUUCCAGAGGCGCACCAGUUCUAUGCGAGUUUCCACAACCAGAGGCUUGAGAUAAGGUCAGUCGCAGCACCAGUGCAGCAGCAGAUCCAAGUCCGUGUACCAGCACAGCUUGAUGAGAAGAACCUGAAACAGCUAAACGACAUGAACCCAUAUGAAUUCUCUCAAAAUCGAUACCGCUGCACUGUCACUAUUGGACGCCUUGUUCCCAACACAUCAUGGUGGUUUCCAUCUUGCAACAAAUGCAACAAGUCCUGUGUGCCAGAUGGUACUGGAUAUAGAUGCAUUCCAUGCUCAAACACAUCGUUCAAGUUCAAGUACAAGGUGUGUUUCAUAGCCCUCGAUGGCACUGAUGAAGCUAAGAUGGUUUGCUUUGGAGACAUUGCUCGUCGUAUGAUUGGGAAGCCUGUCCAGCAACUUCUGAGGACAUCUACAAGUGCUAAUGCAUAUCCACCUGAUAUAACAAAGCUGGUCUCUCUUAGAUUCACUUUCGUAGUUACAAUGACCCGUCAGAGCUACUACAGGGCCCAGAAGACCUACAAUGUUGCAUCUCUGGUGACAGCACACGGCCAUCCUGUUGCUGUUCCGACUAAUGCUGCACGUGGUAAUGCUGGAAACAAAGACCAUGGCCAUCUUGGUGCCACUGAAUCUGGUGAUUCCUCGGGUACAAGUGAUGGUGCAGAUACACAUCAGCUGUUGUCUGCUGGUACACCGGAUGGCACUCUGUCUUCACCAGGCCCUUUAAACGCUCCACCGCCCAAGCUUGAUGGCCUUGAAACACCGGCGUCGAAGAAACAUUCUAGAAGUGGCCCAUCCAAGAGCAGUAACCAUCCUUCCUCUCGCCGUAGGCUUUUCAAAGAGGGUACUGGUGCUGACAUUGCUGAUCCAGACGGUGCAGGCGCAAGGCCGAGGCAAGGUGGAAAGGCUGGUAAGAGGGAAGGCAAGGUUAAGAGAGUUGUUUGUGAAGGCUCGAUCAAGCCUUGCGAGGAUCGGGAAAGGCUGCUUAUUGGACCAUGUGUAGAGUCGAUCAAAGAGAUCAACCUCAGUGAUAUUGAGAUCCUGAAUCGUGUCAUUGAAAGCAGCGGUGAGUGUCGCAUUGAUCUGGCCAUUAUUCUUGUCCGCAGCGCAGCGGACGAGGUUGAAAUCACCCAGUAG